UGGCGUCCAGAAUGUCCAGUGCUGGUUUCCAAGAAGAAUUAGAGGAAUUCUUUUAUUCUUUGAUUCGCUGCAUUGAAAAGGUCCAGGAAUGUCUUAGUAACCGAGGCAGCAUCCCAAUUGAAUACAUAGAGCAUAAUUUAGAGGGGCAUUUCCAGAUCGUCUCGGCCAUUUUUGUUACUUUACGCGAAAACAAUGUGGACCAAGAAAACGACCUUUUUAUGUUAUUUCAAAACCUUCUUGGGGUGCUUGAGGAGCUCAUAAGAGAAAUAGACAAAGAGAAAGAGCAGAGGCAGCAUCGUGAAAGAAAGGGAACAUGUAUGGUACCCAAUACAUUGAGAAGUAGUGGUGGAAGACCUAUGUACGACAUCAGUAAGGAGAUGAUUGAAAACUUGAGAGAAACUGGAAUGAACGGGAAAGAAAUAUCUGUGUGUCUUGGUAUAAGCGAGAGCACUCUUUAUCUUCGAAGACAAUGUUAUGGACUGCAAGAAAGCUAUGUAGAUAUUUCUGAUGAAGAGCUAAUGUCAACAGUAACAGACAUACUUCAGCAGACUCCUUAUGCUGGAGAAUCGUAUAUUAUUGGCGCUCUUCGAGCUAAAGGUGUUUUCGUUCAAAGAUGCAGAAUUAGAGCUAUAUUGCAACAUGCUGAUCCUAUUGGUAGAGCAUUGAGAAGAAGUACUGCAAUCCAGAGGAGACGUUACAAUGUUAGAGCCCCUAAUCACUUGUGGCACAUUGAUGGUAAUCAUAAGAUCAUUGCUUGGAGAUUUGUUAUCCAUGGUUGCAUAGAUGGUUAUAGUAGAGCAGUUAUCUAUCUAAAUUGUGCUACCAACAAUUUGGCAUCUACAGUACUCAAUUUCUUUGUUCAGGGUGUAAGAGAUUUUGGACUGCCUCUUCGAGUUAGAGGGGAUCAUGGAAUGGAGAAUGUAGAUGUUGCACAGUACAUGGUUCAUAGCAGGGGUGAAAAUAGAGGAAGUUUUAUUGCAGGAAGGAGUGUGCAUAAUGUUCGRAUAGAAAGACUUUGGAGAGAAGUGAACAGAGUGGUAACAAGGUAUUAUAAAGACCUAUUUUUUUUCCUUGAAGAGUCAAACCUGCUAGAUUCCAACAAUGAGCAAGAUCUUUUUGCCCUGCAUUACAUCUAUCUUCCUAGAAUACAAUCUUCAUUGCACCAAUUUGUGGGUCAGUGGAACUACCAUGGAUUACGCACUGAAAACUUCCAGUCACCAAUGGCAUUGUGGCAGACAGGUAUGAUGAGUAACCCUGAAUGUUUCGAAGAAUGUACACCUGAGUUGUAUGAAAUCGAUUUUGAUUCAGGAGUAUCUGGGAUGAACAUUGAUGACGGUGUUGUAGUUCCUGAGAAUCUAAUAGAACUCACAGCUCAAGAAAUGGCCUUAUUGCAAAACCUGGUUCCAGACCCUUUGAUGGACGAUGGCAAUUCAGGAAUAGACCUGUAUAGCAAAGUUUGUGAGUUUCUCAAAACAAUAUAUAAUUAAUGAAAGAAAAUAUCAUAUAAUGAUAUCACCUUGUUUUAUUUAACAACAAGUUAAUUGUAUUUGUUAACAAAUGAAUGCAACAAUUAGAGGUGCAAUCAAUAAAGCACAAGCAGUGUUAAAAUUCUGCUCAGGUUUUACAUCCUGUCAAUACCUAUAAUAAUUCAUGUUGAUGUUUACCAAACUGAAAGUCAUAUACUCAUAUAACUCUUCUAACAAUAACUGUACCAAAAAUACAGUAUUUUACAGGCAGUGUUAAAUCCUGCUUAGGUUUCACAUUAUUACUAUCAACAUCUAUAAUUCAUGUUAUGUAUACCAAAUUGGAACAGAAAGUCAUAAAACUUUUUAAAAUAUUGAAAGCAACAAUAGGUACUAAAAUAGCAGUACAUUGUUAUAAUUGCUUGAUGCACAUACUCAGUUACCUAUGAUUCUGGUUAUGUUUAUACUGUUCUAAAAUUUCAUAAUCUUUUCAAAGACACUUGCAUAGUGAGCUACAAUCUGUAACCAGUCCACUUAAAAAGAUUAUAAAAUGUAUCACAAAAGUUCCAUGCAGUGAGCGCAACACUGACAAGGAUUUGCCUCAUUCUAGAUAUCUUACAACCAUUAUUGUUGGCCGUCAAUCGAAGAACUAAGAUUAAAAAAAACUUUUGAGGGGAUUUUAUACUGAAAAAUAAAUAUUUCAGAGGAUAAGAGGGAAAAAAUCUUAACAAUUUGUACUUAGUCUUAAAUCUCCUUGAAGAUAGAAUUUUUUCAAUUUUUAUUUUUUGAUUGAUGACCAUUGAAAUGCUAGUCAGCAAACAAGACAUCCAACAUUAAGAGUCAGACAUCAACAAUAAUGGUUGCAAUAAGCUGAAACCCUUUACUUGUUAGUUAAAUAUUGAUAAUAUUAAAUAAGUAUAACUCAACAGCCAAUUAAUUUUAAAUGCAACAUAAUUAAUGGAGUCGCAUGGCCAACUGAAAGGAACCCAACAAUUGUUGUAUAAAGAAUUACCAAAAAUCCAUAGCAUGCAGUGCUUUGCAAAUGAAAAGCAAAAAAAGUUAAAAAAAUUGGCAAUAUGGAGGGGUGGUCAGCAUUUUUUACUGGCUCAAAGUGAAAAUCCACCUUCCACCUUACAGAUAAAACAAUUUACAGUCCCUAAAAGGAAAUACCACCUUGUUAACUUAUGAAAUGGUAUUUUUCAUGGAUUCUUUGAUAACAAAGCUGGUACCUGUAUUUCAUUAGGAAAUGAAAACAUAAAGUUUUUUCAAACUUAACAAAACCUAAUGGCAGAGUCUACAURAUGUCCAUCUCCCAGUUGUUGCGAUUGAGGAUGUUAGUAAAUUCCUCUCUGAGUUCCACAAAGUUAUUGUAUGUAGAUGGAAUCUCUAGUAAUGGAGAACAUGUAUGUGCCACUGGUGUGGAACUAAAACCCUCAGUCCUGACAAAUG